GGUGCUCGGGUCGGCUGCAGCUCCGAGACAGUCUCGCAGCGGCUCUCGCAGAGACGGGGAGCGGCAGCCCACGGGGUACGAUGCUCGGCCAGACUCCCUGAGCCCGGGGCUCGAGAAGCAGCGUGGGGGGCCGAGGCCACCGGGCAGCUCGCACCAUGCAUCAGUCCCUGACUCAGCAACGGGCCAGCGACAUGUCCCUGCCCGAUUCCAUGGGGGCCUUCAACCGGAGGAAACGAAACUCCAUCUAUGUGACAGUGACACUGCUUAUUGUGUCUGUGUUGAUCCUCACUGUGGGUCUUGCAGCGACCACCAGGACCCAAAAUGUGACCGUCGGAGGUUAUUACCCUGGAGUGAUUCUCGGCUUUGGUUCAUUCCUUGGAAUCAUUGGCUCCAACCUGAUUGAGAACAAACGCCAGAUGCUCGUGGCAUCGAUUGUCUUCAUCAGCUUUGGUGUCAUUGCAGCUUUUUGUUGCGCCAUCGUGGAUGGAGUCUUUGCAGCCCGACACAUUGAUCUGAAACCACUCUAUGCCAACCGCUGCCACUAUGUCCCAAAGACAUCCCAGAAGGAAGCUGAGGAGGUCAUAAGUUCCUCAACCAAAAAUUCUCCUUCUGCGAGGGUUAUGAGGAACCUUACACAGGCAGCUAGAGAGGUGAAAUGCCCUCAUCUCAGCCGUGAAUUCUGCACACCUCGCAUCCGGGGCAACACCUGCUUCUGCUGUGAUCUCUACAACUGCGGGAGCCGUGUGGAGAUCACUGGUGGCUACUAUGAAUACAUCGAUGUCAGCAGCUGCCAGGACAUCAUCCACCUUUACCACCUGCUCUGGUCUGCCACCAUUCUCAACAUUGUCGGUCUGUUCCUGGGCAUCAUCACUGCUGCAGUCCUGGGAGGCUUUAAGGACAUGAACCCAACUCUUCCGGCACUGAACUGUUCUGUUGAAAAUGCCCAUCCAACUGUUUCGUACUAUGCUCGUCCUCAAGUGGCCUCCUACAAUACCUACUACCACAGCCCUCCUCACCUGCCACCAUAUUCUGCUUAUGACUUCCAGCAUUCUGGUACCUUCCCAUCUUCCCCUCCCUCCGGACUUUCUGAUGAGCCCCAGUCUGCCUCUCCUUCACCAAGCUACAUGUGGUCAUCGAGUGCUCCACCACGUUACUCUCCCCCCUACUAUCCUCCUUUUGAGAAGCCCCCACCUUACAGCCCCUAAAGAGGAAUUCCAGCCAGCUAUUAUGAGUAUGGUGGCUUUUGUAUUUCUGCUUUAGUGGAAGUGUGUAGGGAACAAAAUGUCAAAUGUGAUUCCCAUGCAUUAUUUUAAUUUGGAUGACUAGCCACCUGGGCUAGGGAACGAUAAGGGUGAAAUUUAUUCAACGUAAGAACGUAAGAAUGGAGCAGGGCUAAGUAAAACCCCACAUUUCCAAGAUGGGCAGACCCUACUUUGCAAACAAGGUGAGGGAUUCAAUCCAGCAAGCAGCUUACUGUGUUUGGACUUGGAUUACACUGCAAUCAUAUUGCUGUCUGCUCCGAAGCCUAGCUUCCAUCUAUUUCAUUUUGUGUAAAUGGGGUGUUGUCCUCAGACCCUUGGUAUCCAAAUUCUUGGUCCCCUAGUUCCUUAGUUGAAGCACCUGGCUUGUAAGUACUAUCUUUCCCUACCAUCAAAGUCAGUUGCUAAGGGGAAAAUCUCCAGAUGGUGGGACAUUACAGUAGUUCCAAUACAGAGUUCUUUGCUUAUGUCUGGAUGUGGAAAACACUCCCCAUCUUAGUACAUCUUCUGAGUACUGAAAAUCAGCUGCUCUCAUCAUUCCCUUCCACUUUCGUUCUCAGUACCUCCCAAAGGGAAAAGUGCAAUAUCCCCUCAAAUAGUGGGGGACAAGAUUGAUGAUUCAGGAAGCAAGAAAUGCAGAGUAACGUGGGGUAUAGAAAAUCAUCUAAAAGGAGACAGUGGUUCUACUCUACAUUGCAGUAUUACCAAAUACACUCUCUACCGAAGACAGAACAAGUUUGGUCAAACUUCAGUUUUUAAGAAAUGCUAGAUUAGUUUCCUGUGUUGGAAUAGGAAUUGUUACUAAUCUUUGUAUUUACUCUUCAAAUAUUGUGCUUCAACUCCUGCAAACCGCACGUGCCCUACACCUCACUCCCUAAGAAUCAUCUGUAUUUUAGUGCCAUUGCUCUUACUGGUCCGUCUGUUUCUGCUGUGACCAAUCAUGAUGUCCAUCCAAGAUUAUGAAAAGUGUUACAAUGCCGCUUCAAGUCUGCUAACCUCACCCUGUAGCCAACUGGGCAAAUUCCCAGGUGUUAUUGUUAAGUUAAAAGCCACCUGGCACAUCAUGGUAGGGAGCAAUGUAGUUCUUUUGAUUCAACACUGCUUUAACCCCAUCAACCUAAUAAAUUUAACUUUGCCCCCACCCCCAGCCUUCACUUCAGAACUCUUUCAUUACCCUGAGAAUUCAUGGUUUCAAGGAAGCGAGAUAAACUAACACUUGUGUAAUGAAAAACUCAAGGGGCUCGAGGAGGGUGCCUCCUUCCUUCUGCAAACACAGAACACACACUGGAAAACUUCCCAGCCAAUUUCGCUACCUCCAGACUUGACGGAAUGGAGGUGGCAGGCAAAUGUCGGUGCUCCCGUCCACCCACCACCACGAAUUUCCAAGGCAUGAGGGGUCCAUGCACAGUUCACUGGAAAUAUUUGCAAAAAUUCAAUUCAACUUUCAGCCUCAUGAAUGAUGUCUCCUCCAGAUUUCAAAUUUGAAAAACCAGAAUCCUUCUGAGGUAUAUAAAAAAAAAGCACGAUUGUUUUUUUACAGUUCUGAGCAUGUUAAAAUUCUAUUGGGUUUCAAAAGGGACUCGUAACCAAUUGACUUUUACUCUACAAACAGGAACUUUAUUACUCAAAUUUUUGCUGUUUAUACUUUACCUUUUGCUUUUAGUGUGUAUAUGAGUAUUUAAUUUUCUAAAAGGCACCAUUUCACAGUAUAUCCUACAUUUAUCACAUUUCUUAAAAGUGUUAAGAUUCUACAACUCAUUUCUAUGUAUUUUUCUUACUUUACAAAAUAACUUGAAACAGUAUAGAUUUUGUAACACUUAAUUUGAUCAGCUUCUUUUUCUAUUCUAUUGAAUUCUAUGAAGUGCAUGUUACCUUAGAAAAAGUACUAUCUGCGGCUUUACUCUUGCCAGACGUUUGCUGUAAUGACGGAAUUUCUAUUUCCAAUAUGUACCUUGACUGCUUUUUGUAAUACUGCUAUCUUCCUAAUUCUGCUUUCAAGUAUUGAACUGGGCAUGAAAAAUUAAAGUAUUAAUCCAGAACCUGUAUCAACUGGAUGUUGCUUAAAAUCUGUAUCACUGCCAUAUUGGAAACCCAGACUGCUUUUGUGAUGUUUCAAAUUAAUAAAAGUAUCCUCCCUCCUUA